CUCCAAGCCAGCUGCAACAGACGACGAUGAUGACGAAGCAAGCCACACAGCGCACCGUGCCAGUGCCGCUGCCGCUGCUGUUGAUGGCGGUGGCGGCGGUGCUGGGUGUCCGGUGUUGCUGUGCAAUGAUGCAUGUGGAUGCGCCAGCGCCAGAUCCCCCCAUCAGCCUUCCACAGUGCCGAAGGCAUCAACCGCUCGUGCUUGGGGAGGCAUGUGUCGUGAAUGGGACAGUGACUGAGGACCAGCCUGCGGUGACAUCGUUCAGCUACCCACAUUCCCCAGACAACACCAUUGUGCCUCGGAUCACAUCCUGGAGCACAGCCAACCGCACAGGCCAUGUCGGCUUUUUCCUCUCGCAGAGCUGCGGCUUUCAGCAGUGGAGCUUGCCCCUCGAAGCGCAGGGCUGCAAGUUUCCGCUGGUGCGGCGAAACAUUUGUCCCGAUGUGAGCUGCAUGUCAAACGCAUCAGACUGGGAGUUUAGCGUGACAGUGACCAGCCUGCAGCAGGAGCGGUUCAUCUACAAAGCAGAGCUCUUUGAUACUGCUGUGUCUGUAGGCACACCUCGCACCAUCACGGCCUCCCCCAACUUGCCCGCGUACCUUCGGCUCACCUUUGGGGACCACGAGCAGCUGCGUAUUGAUGUGCGGACAGACGCGCCGCACCCGCUUCGCAGCAUCAUCUCCCUCCAGAACUCAUCAUGCCCACUGUAUGAUCUGGACUCCAACGUGCGCUUUGAGGGGUUUUACGAGACAGCGCUGCACUCGUCGACAUUUGUUCUCGAUCGCUCCCGUCUUGGCCCCGACAUCUUUGUUGUCGUCAUUGUUCUCCCGGACGAGCACACGUGCGUGGCGGAGCCGCAGGACUUUGUUGUGGACGUGCAGUCGACAGACGACCUCGACUACACGUGGCCCGUCAUGUUUGUCGUGGUGGUGUUCAUCCUGGUCCCAUAUGGGCUGUACAUGCUGGCCGUGUGGUGCGAGGUGCGUCAUGGCGCCGGCAUCAACGAGCCCGCGCCAGAUGAGCUGCUCUUCCUCUUCCGCAGCCACGCCCGCAGGUCAAAACGCAGCGGGGCGCAGGAGGACUGGGAGGAGCGGGAGGACAGUGCGCUAUUGCAUCAUGCACCGACAUAUGGAGCAAUGGACCGGCCAUUGCAGCCUCUGCACCCGCAACCUCGCCGCAACCCUCACGAUGAUGGUGGUGAUGAUGGGCGCGGUGAAGGUCAAGCUGCUGCGCCGGGCACGUCGCCAGCAGCACACGACCAGCACCACCAGCGGGCGGAUGAGGAAGAACAAGCAGCAGAGAAAGGGGAAGAGGAGGAGGAGAACGGUCGUGGAGGAGAAGGGAUUGCGCGGCAACAGGCAGCGGCCAUGCUGCUGACGACGCGAGAGGCAAACACGACACCACAAUCAGUAUCAGCACCAGUCGCCCCGCUGAGCGUCCAGGCCCGCGGCAGUGGCAGUGGCAGUGGCAGUGGCGGCAUAGUCCUGCGGGCGGAGUGGGACACGGGGCACAACUACACGGCAUAUGACCUGCACGCGUGUCGUGGACAGGAGCCGGCGAUGGUGAGCCACCUAGCGCGCAAGCUGCCGUCCAUCCAGGAGAAGAAGUUCAAGCAGUACGCGCUUUAUCUGAUUGCGCUGAUGGUAUUCUACGCGCUACCCGUGGUGCAGCUGGUGUACUCGCAACUCGACCACUUCCACGCUGGCAACCAGGACCUCUGCUACUACAACUUCCGCUGCAGCCGCCCGCUCUGGCGCACGUACUCCUUCAACAACUUCUUCAGCAACCUCGGCUACAUCACGCUUGGGCUGCUGUUCCUGCUGAUUGUGCGCCGCCGCCGCCGUCUGCUCGCGGAGGAGGCGUCCAACAUCGACCUCGACACGGCCACGUCCCCCGAUGCAGCGCUGGGUCUGCCCAGGCACUCUGGCAUCUUCCAUGCCAUUGGGCUGGCGUUUGUAGCCGAGGGCGUGUUCUCUGCGUGCUACCACACGUGCCCGACGCCCGUCAACUUUCAGUUUGACACGUCGUUUAUGUAUGUCAUUGGUGUCUUGAUGGCACUCGUUCUCUACCAGCGCAGGCACAACGACGCCCUGCCGAAUCCGCACGUGACCUAUCUGUGGAUUGCUGCGCUCAUCUUUGUCGUCGUGAUUGGCGUUUACUGGCACUCCAUCUACUUCUACGCCAUCGUCCUCAUUGUAGCACUGCCGCUCUCGUUCAUCGCGACGUUGCAGCUGUACUUCUUUGGGCUGUGGGGCUGCAUUGCACCGAAGGAGCCGCUGCCAGCCAACAUCAUCUCCCUCUACUUUCUCAACUCAUUCACGUCCCCGCGGUGGUGCUCUCUGUCGAUGCCCCGGCGCAAAGGGCGCGCGCUGCUGCUGCUCGUCAUCAACAUCAUCACGUGGAUGGCGAUCAUUGCUGGCAUGGUCACGCAGUUCCAGGACGUGCCCACGUUCUUCCUUGGCCUGGCCAUCAUCAACUACCUCAUCUACUUCUGCUACUACGUCACCAUGAAGCUGCGGCACGGCGAGCGGCUCACCCGCCUGCCCGUCUUGGUGUUUGUCGCGUCGCUGGCGCUGUGGGGCGCUGCGCUGUACUUCUUCAACGACCGCGCGUCAAGCUUCUACCUCACCCCGGCCGCCUCUCGCGACCUCAACAAGGAGUGCAUUCUCUUCCGCUUUUACGACACGCACGACCUGUGGCACAUGCUGUCUGCAUAUGGGCUCUUCCUCAAUGCCAUUGUGCUCCUCUCGCUCGACGACGAUCUCAGGGCAACGCCGCGCGCUCGCAUCCCCGUGUUCUAGCUGCUCUGAUUGUGUGUCAUGUGUGUAAAAGAGAGAGGGAGUGAGAGAGUGUGUGUGUGUGCGUGUAAGAGAGAGAGAGAGAGAGAGAGAGAGAGUGCGUGUGUGUGUAUGUGUGUGCGUGUGCGUGUAAGAGAGAGAGUGUGUGUGUAUGUGCGUGUGCGUGUAAGAGAGAG